AUGAGGAAAAGGUUCCUCACACUGAGGACAAGGUUCUUUACUCUGAAGACAACGUUCCUCACUCUGAGGACAAAGGUUCCUCACUCUGAGGCCAAAGUGCUUCACUCUGAGGACAAGGUUCUUCACCUUGAGGACAAGGUUCCUCACUCUGAGGACAAGGUUCUUCACUCUGAGGACAAGGUUCUUCACUCUGAGGACAAGGUUCCUCACACUGAGGACAAGGUUCCUCACUUUGAGGACAAGGUUCUUCACCUUGAAGACAAGGUUCUUCACUCAGAGGACAAGAUUCUUCACUCUGAGGACAAGGUUCUUCUCCAUGAGGACUAGGUUAUUCACUCUGACGACAAGGUUCUUCACUCGGAGGACAAGAUCUUUCACUCUGAGGACAAGGUUCCACCCUUUGAGGACAAGGUUCUUCACUCUGAGGACAAGGUUCCUCAUUCUGAGGACAAGGUUCUUCAAUCUGAGGACAAGGUUUCUUACUCUGGGGACAAGGUUCCUGACUCUCAGGACAAGGUUCCUCACCCUGAGGACAAUGUUGCUCACUUUGAGGAUAAGGUUAUGGACGCCGAGGACACGGUUUUUUAAUCUGAGGGGGAGGUUCCACAGUUUUAGGACAAGGUUCUUCACUCUGAGGACAAAGUUCCUGACACUGAGGACAAAGUUCCUGACACGGAGGACAAGGUCCCUCACUCUGAGGACAAGGUCUUCAUUCUGAGGACAACGUUCUUCACUCCGAGGACAAGGUUACUCACUCUGAGGACAAGGUCCUCACUCUGAGGAGAAGGUUCCUCACAUUUAGGGCAAGGUUCCUCACUCUGAGGACAAGGUUCUUCACACUGAGGACACGGUUCCCCACUCUGAGAACAGGGUUGCUCUCUCUGAGGACAAGCUUCUUCGCGCUGAGGAAAAGGUUCCUCACACUGAGGCCAAGGUUCUUUAUUCUGAAGACAACGUUCCUCACUCUGAGGACAAAGGUUCCUCACACUGAGGCCAAAGUUCUUCACUCUGAGGACAAGGUUCUUCACCCUGAGGACAAAGUUCCUCACACUGAGGACAAGGUUCCUCACUCUGAGGACAAGGUUCUUCACUCUGAGGACAAGGUUCUUCACUCUGAGGACAAGGGUCCUCACACUGAGGACAAGGUUCCUCACUUUGAGGACAAGGUUCUUCACAUUGAAGACAAGGUUCUUCACUCAGAGGAAAAGGUUCUUCACACUGAGGACAUGGUUCUUCUCUCUGAGGACUACGUUCUUUACUCUGACGACAAGGUUUGUCACUCGGAGGACAAGAUUCUUCACUCUGAGGACAAGGAUCUUCACUCUGAGGACAACGUUCUUCACUCAGAAGACAAGGUUCUUCACUCUGAGGACAAGGUUCUUCGCUCUGACGACAAAGUUCUUUAAUCUCAGAAGAAGAUUUCUCACACUGGGGACAAGGUUCUUCACUCUGAGGGCAAGGUACCUCCUUCUGAGGACAACGUUGUUCCAUCUGAGGACAAGGUUCCUCACUAUGCGGACAAGAUUCCUGACUCUCAGGACAAGGUUUCUCACCCUGAGGACAACGUUCCUCACCUUGGGGACAAGGUUAUGGACGCUGAGGACAAGGUUCUUUAAUCUGAGGGGGAGGUUCCACAGUUUUAGGACAAGGUUCUUCACUCUGAGGACAAAGUUCUUGACACUGACGACAAAGUUCGUGACACGGAAGACAAGGUCCCUCACUUUGAGGACAAGGUCUUCUUUCUGAGGACAAGGUUCUUCACUCUGAGGACAAGGUUACUCACUCUGCGGACAAGGUCCUCACUCUGAGGAGAAGGUUCCUCACAUUUAGGGCAAGUUUCCCCACUCUGAGGACAAGGUUCUUCACUCUGAGGACACGGUUCCUCACUCUGAUAAAAAGGUUGCUCUAUCUGAGGACAAGGUUACUCAAUUUGAGGACAAGGUUCCUCAUUCUAAGGACAAGGUUCCUCACUCUGAUGGAAAGCUUCCUUACUUUGAGGACAAGGUUUUUCACUCAGAGGACAAAGUUCCUCACACUGAGGAGAAAGUUCCCCACACUGAGUGCAAGAUUCGUCACUCUGAGGACAAGGUUCCUCAUACUGAGGAGAAGGAUGCUCACUCUAAGGACAAGGUUCCUCACUCUGAGGAGAAGGUCCCUCACUUUUAGGACAAUGUUGCUCAGUCAGACGACAAGGUUCUUCACACCGAGGACAAGGUUCCUCACACUUAGGACAAGGUCCCUCACAUUGAGGACAAGGUUCUUCACACUGAGGACGAGGUUAUUCACUCUGAAUACAAGGUUCUUCAUUCUGAGGACAAGGUUGUUCAUUCUGAGAACAAGGUUCUUUACUCUGAGGACAAGGUUCCUCAGGGUGAGGACAAGAUUCCUUACUUUGAGGACAAAGUUCUUCACUCUGAGGACAAGGUUCCUCACUCUGAGGACGAGGUUCUUCGCGCUGAGGACAAGUUUCUCUACUCUGAGAACAAGCUUCUUCACAGUGAGGACAAGGUUCCUCACUCUGAGGAGAAGAUUCCUCACACUGUAGACAAGGUUCCUCAAACUGAGAACAACGUUCUUCAGUCUGACGACAAGGUUCCUCACUCUGAGGACAAGGUUCUUCUUUCUGAGGACAACGUUCUUCAGUCUGACGACAAGGUUCCUCACUCUGAGAAGAAGGAUCCUCACACUGAGGACAAGGUUCCUCACUUUGAUGACAAGGUUCUUCUUUCUGAGGAGAAGGUUCUUCACUUUGAGGACAAGGUUCUUCACUCUGAGGACAAUCUCCCUCACUCUGAGAACAAGGUUGCUCAUUUUGACCUCCCUUUUGGUACCUCACUUUUAGGACAAUGUUCUUCAUUCUGAGAAGAAGGCUCUUUACUCUGAGGACAAGGUACCUAACUUUGGGGACAAGGUUCCUCACACUGAGGACAAGAUUCCUCACUUUGAGGACAAGGUUCUUAACCCUGAAGAGAAGAUUCCUCACACUGAGGACAAGGUACCUCUCUUUGGGUACAAGGUUCUUCACUCUGAGGAUAAGGUUUUUCACACUGAGGACAAGGUUCUUCACUCUGAGGAUAAGGUUCUUCACACGAGGACAAGGUUCUUUACUCUGAGCAAAAGGUUCUUCACUCUGAGGAAAAGGUUCUCCACUCUGAGGACAAGGUUCUUUACUCUGAGGACAAGUUUCUUCACUAUGAGGAAAAGGUUCUUCACUCUGAGGAGAAGGUUCUUCACUCUAAGGAGAAGGUUCUUCACUCCGAGGACAAGGUUCUUCACUCUGAGAACAAGGAUCCUCACUUUGAGGACAAGGUUCGUCAUACUGAGGACAAAGUUGCUGACGCCGAGAAAAAGGUUUCUCAGCCUGAGGACAAGAUUCUUCACUCUGAGGACAGGGUUCUUCACUCUGAGGACAAGGUUCCUCACUCUGAGGACAAGUUUAUUCAUUCUAAGGAGAAGGUUCUUCACUCCGAAGAAAAGGUUCCUCAGUUUGAGGACAAGGUUCUGCACUCUGACGACAAGGUUCCUCACUCUGAGGACAAUGUUUCUCCCUCUGAGGACAAGGUUUCUCAGACUGAGGACAAGGUUCUUCACUCUGAGGACAAGGUUCCUCACACUGAGGACAAGGUUCUUCACUCUCAGGACAAAGUUCCUCACUCUGAGGACAAGGUUCCUCACUCUGAGGACAAGGUUCCUCACUCUGAAGACAAAGUCUUCACUCUGAGGACAAGGAUCCUCACGCCGAGGACAAGGUUCUUUAUUCUAAAGACAAGGUUCCUGAUUCUGAGGACAAGGUUCCUCACACUAAAGACAAGAUUCCUCACUUUGGGGAGAAGGUUCUUUACCCUGAAGAGAAGUUUCCUCAUCCUGAGGACAAGGUACGUCACUUUGGGGACGAGGUUCUUCACUCUCGGGAUAAGGUUCUUCACACUGAGGACAAGGUUCUUCACUCUGAGGACAAGGUUCUGCACUCUAAGGAGAAGGUUCUUCACUCUGGAGAAAAAGUUCCUCACACUGAGGAAAAGGUUCCUCACUUUGAGGAGAAGGUUCUUCACCUUGAAGGGAAGUUUCCUCAGACUGAGGACAAGGUACCUCACUUUGGGGAAAAGGUUCUUCACUCUGAGGAUAAGGUUCUUCAUUAUGAGGACAAGGUUCUUUAAUCUGAGGACAAGGUUCUUCGCUCUGAGGAAAAGGUUCUUCACUCUGAGGACAAGGUUCCUCACUCUGAGGACAAGGUUCUUUACUCUGAGGAAAAGGUUCUUCACUCUGAGGAGAAGAUUCUUCACUCUGACGAAAAGGUUCUUCCCUCUGAGGGGAAGGUUCCUCACUUUGAGGACAAAGUUCUUCAAUCUGAGGACAAGGUUCCGCACUCUGAGGACAAGGUUCUAUACUAUCAGGACAAAGUUCUUCACUCUGAGGACAAAGUUCUUCACUCUGAAGACAAGGUUCUUUUCCUGAGGACAAGGUUCUUCACUCUGAACACAAAGUUCUUCAAUCGGAGGAAAAGGUUCCUCACAAUGAGGAUAAGGUUCAUCGCUCUAAGCACAAGGUUCCUCUUUUUGAGGACAAGGUUCCUCACACUGAGGACAAAGUUGCUGACGCUGAGGACAGGGAUCUUCACUCUGAGGACAAGGUUCUUCACUCUGAGGACAAGGUUCUUCACCAUGUGGACAUGGUUCCUCACACUGAGGACAAGGUUCUUCACUCUGAGGACAAGGUUCGUCUCUCUGAAGAGAAGAUUCCUCAUACUGUAGACAAGGUUCCUCACUCUGAGGACAAGUAUCUCACUCUGAGGACAAUGUUCCUCACUUUGAGUACAAGGUUAUUCACCCUGAGGGCAAGGUUUUUUACUCUGAGAAGAAGGCUAUUUACUCUGAGGACAAGCUUCUUCACUCUGAGGACAAGGUUCUUCACUGUGAAGACAAGGUUCCUCACUCUGAGAACAAGUUUAUUCAUUCUGAGGAGAAGGUUCUUCACUCUGAGGAAAACGUUCGUCACUUUGAGGACAAGGUUCUUUACUCUGAGGACAAGGUUCCUCACUCUGAGGGCAACGUUCUUUACUCUGAGGAAAAGGUUCUUCACUAUGAGGACAAGGUUCUUCACGCUGAGGACAUGGUUCUUCACCCUGAGAAGAAGUUUCCUCACACUGAGGACAAGGUACGUCACUUUGAGCACAAGGUUCUUCACCCUGAGAAUAAGGUUCUUCACACUGAGGGGAAGGUUCUUCCCUCUGAAGAAAAGGUUCUUCACUCUGAGGACUAGGACCUUCACUCUAUGGACCAGGUUCUCCACUCUGACGAGAAGGUUCUUCACUCUGCGUACAAGGUUCUUCACUCUGAGGGCUAGGGUAUUCACUCUGAGGACAAGGUUCUUCGCUCUGAGGACAAGAUUCUUCACUCUGAGGACAAGUUCCUCGCUUUGAGGACAAGGUUCCUCACAUUGGGGACAAAGUUGCUGACACUGAGAACAAGGUCUCUCAGUCUGAUGACAAGAUUCUUCACUCUGAGGACAAGGUUCUUCACUCUAAGGACAACGUUCCUCACUCUGAGGAGAAGGUUCUUUACUCUGAGGACAAGGUUCUUCACUCUGUGGACAAAGUUCUUCACUCUGAAGACAAGGUUCUUUACUCUGAGGACAAGGUUCUUCACUCUGAGGAAAGCGUUCCUCACUUUGAGGACAAAGUUCUUCAAUCUGAGGAGAAGGUUCCGCAAUCUGAGGACAAGGCUCUAUACUAUGAGGAAAAAGUUCUUCACUCUGAGAACAAAGUUCUUCACUCUGAAGACAAGCUUCCUUACUCUGAGGACAAGGUUCCUCACUCUAAAGACAAGGUUCUUCACUCUGGGGAAAAUGUUCCUCACACUGAAGACAAGAUUCCUCACUUUGGGGAGAAGGUUCUACACCCUGAAGAGAAGUUUCCUCAUACUGAGGACAAGGUACGUCACUUUGGGGACGAGGUUCUUCACUCUCAGGAUAAGGUUCUUCACUAUGAGGACAAAGUUCUUUAAUCUGAGGACAAGGUUCUUCACUCUGAGGGCAAGGUUCUUCACUCUGAGGAAAAGGUUCUUCACUCUGAGGGGAAAGUUCCUCACUUUGAGGACAAGGUUCUUCAAUCUGAGGACAAGGUUCCGCACUCUGAGGACAAGGUUCUGUACUAUAAUGACAAAGUUCUUCACUCUGAGGACAAAGUUCUUCACUCUGAAGACAAGGUUCUUUACUCUGAGGACAAGGUCGUUCACUCUAAAGGCAAGGUUCUUCACUCUGGGGAAAAUGUACCUCAGACUGAGGACAAGAUUCCUCACUUUGAGGAGAAGGUUCUUCACCCUGAAGGGAAGUUUCCUCACACUGAGGACAAGGUACCUCACCUUGAGGAAAAGGUUCUUCACUCUCAGGAUAAGGUUCUUCACUAUGAGGACAAAGUUCUUUAAUCUGAGGACAAGGUUCUUCACUCUGAGGACAAGGUUCUUCAUUCUGAGGAGAAGGUUCCUCACUCUGAGGACAAGGUUCUUUACUAUGAGGAAAAGGUUCUUCACUCUGAGGGGAAGGUUCUUCACUCUGAGGAGAAGGUUCUUCACUCUGAGGACAAGGUUCUUCACUCUGAGGACAAGGUUGCUCACUUUGAGGACAAGGUUCCUCACACUGAGGACAAGAAGUUGCUGACGCUGAGAACAAGGUUUCUCAGUCUUAGGACAAGAUUCUUCACUCUGAGGACAGGGUUCUUCACUCAGAGGACACGGUGGGCACAAAAGACGGCAAAUUCGGGCACGUACAAAUAACUUUCUGUCGUUAGUUUGGAAUAUCACGAAACUUCCGCACAGGAUAGAACUUGCCAUUCCAAAAAAUCGUAUCGAUUUUGUUUUUCGACUUUUUUACAUUUUGGCGGGAAAAUGACGCGCCAACUUUGGCGCCAAAAAAAUAAACACGAGCUUAGAACAUUCUAGUAACUUUUUUGAAGAGAUUGUGCUAUAAGGAUCUCAAAAGUGUAGAAACAUUAAAAAUACAACAAGGCAGUGCGAAGAUAUGACGAUUCAAAGUUCGAAAAAAAUCUAUUUUUAGUAACAAAAUGGCGAAUUUUUCAGAAUUUGAAGCACCAUAUCUUUGCACUGUUUUGGCGUAUUUUCAAUAUUUUUACAGUUCUGAGAUCCGUAUAGGAAAAUCUCUUCGAAAAAGUUACUAGAAUGACCUUAGCUCGUGUUUAUUUUUUUGGCGCCAAAGUUGGCACGUCAUUUUCCCGCCAAAAUGUAACAAAUUCGAAAAAAAAAAUCGAUACGAAUUUCAGGAAUGGUCAGUUCUAUCCUGUCAGAAAGUUUCGUGAUAUUCCAAACUAACGACAGAAAGUUAUUUGUACGUGGCCGAAUUUGCUGUCUUUUGUGCCAACCGUGGGACAAGGUUUCUCACUCUGAGGACAAGGUACCUCACUUUUAGGACAAUGUUCUUCAUUCUGAGAAGAAGGUACUUUACUCUGAGGACAAGGUACCUAACUUUGGGGACAAGGUUCCUCACACUGAGGACAAGAUUCCUCUCUUUGACGAGAAGGUUCUUAACCCUGAAGAGAAGAUUCUUCACACUGAGGACAAGGUACCUCUCUUUGGGGACAAGGUUCGUCACUCUGAGGAUAAGGUUUUUCACACUGAGGACAAGGUUCUUCACUCUGAGGAAAAGGUUCUUAACUCUAAGGACAAGGUUCUUCACUCUGAGGAUAAGGUUCUUCACACUGAGGACAAGGUUCUUCACUCUGAGCAAAAGGUUCUUCACUCUGAGGAAAAGGUUCUCCACUCUGAGGACAAGGUUCUUCACUCUGAGGACAAGUUUCUUCACUAUGAGGGAAAGGUUCUUCACUCUGAGGAAAAGGUUCUUCACUCUGAGGAGAAGGUUCUUCACUCCGAGGACAAGGUUCUUCACUCUGAGAACAAGGAUCCUCACUUUGUGGACAAGGUUCGUCACACUGAGGACAAAGUUGCUGACGCUGAGAAAAAGGUUUCUCAGUCUGAGGACAAGAUUCUUCACUCUGAGGACAGGGUUCUUCACUCUGAGGACAAGUUUCCUCACUCUGAGGACAAGUUUAUUCAUUCUGAGGAGAAGGGUCUUCACUCCGAAGAAAAGGUUCCUCACUUUGAGGACAAGGUUCUGCACUCUAACGACAAGGUUCCUCACUCUGAGGACAAUGUUUCUCCCUCUGAGGACAAGGUUUCUCAAACUGAGGACAAGGUUCUUCACUCUGAGGACAAGGUUCCUCACACUGAGGACAAGGUUCUUCACUCUCAGGACAAAGUUCCUCACUCUGAGGACAAGGUUCCUCACUCUGAGACCAAGGUUCCUCACUCUGAAGACAAAGUUCUUCACUCUGAGGACAAGGUUCCUCACGCCGAGGACAAGGUUCUUUAUUCUAAAGACAAGGUUCCUGAUUCUAAGGACAAGGUUCCUAACACUGAAGACAAGGUUCCUCACUCUCAGGACAAGGUUUAUCACUCUGAGGACAAGGUUCCUCACUUUGAGCAGAAGGUUCUUCAAUCUGAGGACAAGGUUCUCUACUCUGAGGACAAGGUCCUACACUCUCACGACAAGGUUCCUUACAAAUAAGACAAGGUUUUUCUCUCUGAGGACAACGUUCCGCACUCUGAGGACGAGGUUUCUCUCUCUGAGGACAAGGUCUCUAACUUUAAGGAGAAGGUUCCUCACUCUGACGACAAGGUUCUUCAGCCUGAGGACAAAGUUCCUCACACUGAGGACAAGGUUCUUCAUUCUAAGGACAAGGCUCCUCAUUCUGAGGACAAGGUUCCUCACCCUACGGACAAGGUUCCUCACUCUCAGGACAAGGUUUCUCACUCUAAGGACAAGGUUCCUCUCUUUGAGGAGAAGGUUGGUCACUCUGAAGAGAAGGUUCCUUACUCUGAGGACAAGGCUUCUCACUCUGAGGACAAGGCUUCUCACAUUGAGGACAAGGUUCUCCAUUCUGAGGACAAGGUUCUUUACUCUGAGGAAAAGGUUUCUCACUCUGAGGACAAGGUUCGUCACUUUGAGGAGAAGGUCCUUCAUUCUGAGGGCAAGGUUCUUCACUCUUAGGAAUAGGUUCCUCACUCUGAGGACAAGGUUCUUCACUCUGAGGAGAAGGUUCCUUACUCUGAGGACAAGGUUUCUCUCUCUGAGGACAAGGCUUCUCACUUUGAGGACAAGGUUCUCCAUUCUGAGGACAAGGUUCUUUACUCUGAGGACAAGGUUUCUCACUCUGAGGACAAGGUCGUCACUUUGAGGAGAAGGUCCUUCAUUCUGAGGGCAAGGUUUUCACUCUGAGGACAAGGUUCUUAACUCUGAGAACAAGGUUCCUCACUUUGAGGACAAGGUUCCUCUCUCUGAGCACAAGGUUUCUCACUCUGAGGAGAAGGUUCUCUCUGUGAGAACAAGGUUCCUCACUCUGAGGACAAGGUUCCUCACUCUGAAGACAAAGUUCUUCACUCUGAGGACAAGGUUCCUCACGCUGAGGACAAGGUUCCUCAUUCUAAGGACAAGGUUCCUCAUUCUGAGGACAAGGUUCCUCACUCUGAGGACAAGGUUCCUUACUCUCAGGACAAGGUAUCUCGCUCUGAGGACAAGGUUCCUCACUUUGAGGAGAAGGUUCUUCACUCUGAGGUCAAGGUUCUUUACUCUGAGGACAAGUUUCUUCACUCUCAGGACAAGGUUCCUCGCACUGAGGACAAGGUUUUUCUCUCUGAGGAGAAGGUUCCGCAAUCUGAAGAGAAGGUUUCUUACUCUUAGGACAAGGUCUCUCACAGUGAGGAUAAGGUUUUUCACUCUGAGGACAAGGUUCCUCACCCUGAGGACGAAGUUCUUCACUUUGAGGACAAGGUUCCUCACUUUGAGGACAAGUUUCCUCUCUCUGAGGACAAGGUUCCUCACUCUCAGGACAAGGUUUCUCACUCUGAGGACAAGGUUCUUCACUCUGGGAACAAGAUUCGUCACUCUGAGGACAAGAUUCGUCACUCUGAGGACAAGGUUCCUCAGUCUGAAGACAAAGUUUUUCACUCUGAGGACAAGGUUCUUCAUUAUAAGGACAAGGUUCUUCAUUAUAAGGACAAGGUUCCUCAUUCUGAGGACAAGGUUCCUCACUCUGAGGACAAGGUUCCUUACUCUCAGGACAAGGUUUCUCGCUCUGAGGACAAGGUUCCUCACUUUGAGGAGAAGGUUCUUCACUCUGAGGACAAGGUUCUUUACCCUGAGGACAAGGUUCUUCACUUUCAGGACAAGGUUCCUCGCACUGAGGACAAGGUUUUUCUUUCUGAGGAGAAGGUUCCGCAUUCUGAAGAGAAUGUUUCUCACUCUGAGGACAAGGUCUCUCACUGUGAGGACAAGGUUCUCACUCUGAGGACAAGGUUCCUCACACGGAGGACAAUGUUCUUCAUUCUAAGGACAAGGUUCCCCAUUCUGAAGAAAAGGUGUUUCACUCUGAGGACAAGUUUUUCAAUCUGAGGACGCAUUUUUUCAAUCUGAGGACAAGGAUCCUCACUUUGAGGACAAAGUUUUUCGCUCUGAGGACAAGGUUCUUUACUCUGAGGACAAGGUUCUUCACUCUGAGGACAAGGUUCCUCACGCUCAGGCCAAGGUUUUUCUCUCGGAGGACAAGGUUUCUCACACUGAGGACAAGGGUCCUCACUCUGAGGACAUGGUUCCUCACUCUGAGGCCAAGUUCUUCACUCUGAGAACAAGGUUCCUUACUUCGAGGACAAGGUUGUUCUCUCUCACGACAAGGUUUCUUACUCUGAGGAGAAGGUUCUUAACUGUGAGGACAAUGUUGCUCACACUGAAGACAAGGUUCCUCACUCUGAGGACAAGGUUCCUCACUCUGAGGACAAAGUUCCUCACUCUUAGGACAAGAUUCCUCACUCUGAGGACAAGGUUCCUCACGCCGAGGACAAGGUUCUUUAUUCUAAAGACAAGGUUCCUGAUUCUGAGGACAAGGCUCCUCACACUUAAGACAAGGUUCCUCACUCUCAGGACAAGGUUUAUCACUUUGAGGACAAGGUUCCUUACUUUGAGGAGAAGGUUGGUCACUCUGAGGACAAGGUUCUUUACUCUGCGGACAACGUUCUUCACUCUCAGGACAAAGUUCCUCACACUUAGGACAAGGUUUUUCCCUCUGAGGACAAGGUUCCUCACUCUGAGGACAAGGUUUCUCACUCUGAGGACAAGGUUUCUCACUUUGAGGACAAGGUUCUGCCCUCUGAGGACAAAGUUUUUUACUCCUAUGGCAAGGUUCUUCCGGCUGAGGACAAGUUUCCUCACUCUGAGGACAAGGUUCUUCAUUCUAAGGACAAGGCUCCUCAUUCUGAGGAGAAGGUUCCUCACCCUACGGACAAGGUUCCUCACUCUCAGGAUAAGGUUUCUCACUUUAAGGACAAGGUUCCUAACUUUGAGGGGAAGGUUGGUCACUCUGAGGACAAGGUUCUUUACUCUGCGGACAAGGUUCUUCACUCUCAGGUCAAAGUUCCUCACACUGAGGACAAGGUUUUUCCCUCUGAGGACAAGGUUCCUCACUCUGAGGACAAGGUUUCUCACUCUGAGGACAAGGUUGCUCACUCUGAGGACAAGGUUCAUCACUCUGACGACAAGGUUCUUCACCCAGAGGACAAGGUUCCACACUCUGAGGACAAGGUUACUUACUCUGAGGACAAGGUUCCUCACUUUGAGGACAAGGUUCUUCCCUCUGAGGACAAAGUUUUUUAAUCCGAUGCCAAGGUUCUUCCGGCUGAGGACAAGCUUCCUCACUCUGAGGACAAGGUUUCUCACUCUGAGGACAAUGUUUUUUAGUCCGAUGACAAGGUCCCUCGCACUGAGGACAAGAUUCCUCACUCUGAGGACAAGGUUUCUCACUCCGAGGACAAGGUUCCUCAUUUUGAGGACAAGGGUCUUCACUCUGAGAGCAAGGUUCUUCACUCUGGGGACAAGGUCCCUCACACUGAGGACAAGGUUCCUCAGUCUGAGGGCGAGAUUCCUGACAAUGAGGAGAAGGUACUUCACUCUGAGGAGAACGUUCCUCACUCUGAAGAGAAUGUUUCUCACUCUGAGGACAAGGUUCCUCACUUUGAGGACAAGGUUCUCCAUUCUGAGGACAAGGUUCUUUACUCCGAGGAAAAAGGUCUCUCACUCUGAGGACAAGGUUCCUUACCUUUAGGACAAGGUCUUUCAUUCUGGGGCAAGGUUCUUCACUUUGAGGACAAGGUUCUUUACUCCGAGGACAAGGUUCUUCACUCUGAGGACAAGGUUCCUCACACUGAGGACAAUGUUCCACACACUGAGGACAAGAUUCUUGUUUCUGAGGACAAGGUUCUUCACUCUGAGGACAAGGUUCUUCACUCUGAGGACGAUGUUCUUCUUUCUGAGGACAAGGUUCUUCUUUCUGAGGACAAGGUUCUUCCCUCUGAGGACAAGGUUCUUCACUCCGAGGACAAGGUUCCUUACUCUGAGGACAAGUUGUUUCAAUAUGAGGAGAAGUUUUUUGAAUCUGAGAAGAAGGUUCCUCACUUUGAGGACAAGGUUUUUCACUCUAAGGACAGGGUUUCCCACUCUGAGGACAAGGUUCCGCCCACUGAGGACAAGGUUCUUCACUCUGAAGGCAAGGUUCCUCACUCUGAGGACAACAUUCGUCACUCUGAAGACAAGGUUUCUCAGUUUGAGGACAAGGUUCUUCAUUCUGAGGGCAAGGUUCUUCACUCUGAGGACAAGGUUCUUCUCUCUGAGGACAAGGUUCUUCAAUUUGAGAACGAGGUUCUUCUCUCUGAGGACAAGGUUCCUCACACUGAGAACAAGGUUUUUCCCUCUGAGGACAGGUGUCCUCACUCUGAGGACAGGUGUCCUCACUCUCAGGACAAGGUUCCUCACUCUGAGGAGAAGAAUCUUCACUCUGAGGGCGAGGUUCUUCACUCUGAGGACAAGGUUCCUCACACUGAGGAGAAGGUUUCUCACUCUGAGGACAAGGUUUGUCACUCGGAGAACAAGGAUCUUCAGUCUGAGGACAAUGUUCCUGACACUGAAGACCAGGUUCUUCACUCUGAGGACAAGGUUCCUCACCCUGAGGACAAGGUUCUUCACUCUGAGGGCAAGGUUUUUCUCUCUGAGGAGAAGGUUCUUCACUCUGAGGAGAAGGUUCCUCACACUGAGGACAAGGUUCUUUACUCCGAGGACAAGGUUCCUCACACUGAGGACAAGGUUCGUCAUUCUAAGGAGAAGGCUCAGGUACAUUAAUGCAUGGCUCCAAUUUCGUUAGGAGUGGAAAAAUAGGAAAAAUUUUUAAAAAUUAAUGAAAAAUUAACAAAGCGCACUACGACUCUCAUUUUUGGGUUGGAUGUUGGAAAUCAACUGUCGAUAUUUUUCAACUAUUUGGUUUGCAUGGAAACUGGCCGCGUGACAAGAUAUAGGCGGUUACAAUGGAAAUUAACUUAAUGUUUUAAAACACGGCUUUCCGUCACACUAAACAUUCAUGGGUAUGUACAAAAAUAUUAUCACGGAAACUUUCGGUCCAAUAUUGCAAAAUAGCAAUUAGAAACUUAAAGAUUAUGGCACAGAUCUGAAAAUAUUGCUGUGAUUACAAUAAUGUAUCGCGCAAUGUCAAUAUAAUCUGCAGUAAAAUAAUCGUUCCAGAUUACAAAGCUUACAAGUCUAAUUGUAGGACCAAAGUUGGCUGUACUCUGGACAGAUCUGCGUUUAA